GGGUGGGGUGGGGUGGGCAGAAUUAAUGGGGAGGAGAGAAUUAACGUGAGGAGUGAUGUAUGGUGGGAGGUCCCCAUGAGUGAGAGCAAGUCUGAGGAGGUGCUUUUGGGGUAUGAGACUGAUAUUGAAUUCAAGGAGCGGAAAUCAGGAGCGGUGAGGUGAUGCUGGCGGGGGCCUGGGGUAUGAUGAUGUUCAAAGUGAAGAUGGAGGUUUAAAUGAACUAGCUUUGAGGCCGAGUUGUCAGAAGCAAAAGAUGUUCAGGGAUGAUACCAUCACUGCCUCUCCGUUACAAUACAGGAAAUACACAAUUCAGCUCCAACAGGACCAAACAGAUGAUAGUGGCGGCUUAGGAUGUGAUCACACAAGGAAGAUCAUUCAGAAAACUGGCAAAGGACAGCAGCCAGUUGAUAUCCAUAAUGAACAAAUGAAUGUCACAUCAAAUAUAAUUCCUUCUGAAAACUCUGAUCAUUCACGAGGCCACAGUUUCUAUGAUAAACAAGAAAGGUGUUAUCCACUGAAAAAAACUUCAUUUAGUGACAAAAGUUACCAUCGACGAAGUUUUGUGUCAAGAUCUGUGAUGGUGGAGCCUGAUAAGAAUGUGAAAGCAGAGGAAUGUCGAUCAGCAUUAAGUAGAUCCACAAAACAAAGCUCUCAAUCUACAUUUCAGACCAGAGAUGACAACAGCGUCAUUCAGCCAAAGGCUCGGAAGGCAGUGCCACCACAGGGUACUAGGGUUCUCUACCUUAAAGCAAUAUCAGAAGCAAUUGGUAGAGAUUUCCAGAAAGCACAUCAGCAUUGCCGUACCAAAAACAGUGAUCGUUCGGAGGAGAUAUUGGCUGGAUCGGCUAAACAUCUAAAGAAAGAAUGCAAGAAAACUGAAGAAAACAGCUAUCGGGAAGCAUCUCAUGUGGUUUGUUCUCAAUAUAGCAAUCAACAACAAGAAAAUGAUUCUGAAAAUAAUUUUGUGGAGCAAAAAUGGAAUGUUGGAUUAAAGGCCAGUGAAAGACGGGUAUCUAUAGAUGUAACUGUGAAUGCUAAGACACAUAUGAAACAAAGAAGCAGUGAUUGUCCACAAAGUGAGAGCGUUGGCUACAAGACACUGAACUUUGAUGAUGAUGCAUCUGCUGGAAGUGACUGGUCUGAUGUUGAAGAUACUGCUGUAAUAGCUACUUUUUCACAAGAAGAUUCCAGUCCAGUGAUUAACUUGAAAAGUUCCAAAUCUGGUACACCAUCGAAUGCCGAAAAUAUCAUACAACCAUCUUUCAUGUAUUCUACACCUUCCUAUCCAGGUUCAAAACAUUGUUCAAGUCCUGAAACACCUCAGCGACCUUCAUUAACCAACAGAUUUAAUGAUGUCUGCUGUUAUCUUAACCUUAGUGACGAUGAAACAGAAUCUUCCUCAAGACAUUCAAAAAAAUGUUCACAAGGCUCAUCAUCUGCUACUUGCAAUAAUUUGUCUUUUGAGUCAUUAAGUUACUCACAUCAGUUUGAUCAUAGCAAUAGCAUGGAUUUUAGUAAAGGUUCUUUCAACUCUUCAUUUGAAGAUUCAGAAUGUUUGGACCAUAACUGGGGACUGAAUUACCAGAGGAAAGGCUUUGUGGAUACACAUUGUCAUUUGGACUUUUUAUACUCUAAAUUAUCUUUUAAGGGGACUUUUGCAAAGUUUAUGAAAGUUUAUGACAGCACGUUUCCAGCUGAGUUUCAUGGCUGUAUCACCGAUUUCUGUGACCCUCGCCAUCUAGUUCUUGGAAAGUUAUGGGAAAGUUUACUGGAAGACCCUGUUGUCUGGGGUGCUUUUGGCUGUCAUCCACAUUUUGCCCGUUACUACACAAAUGUACAAGAAGGCACAAUUAUCCAAGCACUGAGACACCCAAAAGCUGUUGCUUUUGGAGAGAUGGGUUUGGACUAUUCAUACAAGUGUACAACAGACAUCCCUAAACAAAAACAGGUCUUUGAGAGGCAGCUGAAACUGGCGGUGGCAUUAAAAAAGCCACUCGUUAUCCACUGCAGGGACGCUGAUCAGGAUCUUUUUGAGAUAAUGAAAAUCAACGUGCCAAAGGACUACAAAAUUCAUAGGCAUUGCUUCACAGGCUCUUACGAGGUGAUUGAACCAUUUCUACAUGAAUUUCCAAAUUUAUCCGUUGGAUUCACAGCCUUAAUCACCUACCCAUCUGCUGGUGUGACCAAGGAAGCAGUCAGAAAAAUCCCAAUGGAACGGAUUGUUGUAGAGACUGAUGCACCAUACUUUUUACCUAGAGGGGUUUCUAAAGGAAUUUGUACCUAUUCCCACCCAGGACUUGGCUUGUAUACUGUAAAGGAAAUUGCUAGGCUGAAAGCGAUGAAACUGUCCUCAGUUCUUUAUGCAUUGAGAAGAAAUACCCAUGGAUUAUAUGGAAUAUAAACGACUGACAAAAUCUCUUGGAAAAUAUAAUACCAGUUACUUGCAUUUUGAAAAUAUGAGUGCAAGAGAAAAUUUGCAUGGAAAUAAUGGCAGUUCAGUCUGUUAUUUUUCCAACAGUGCCUUCUAAGGUUACAUAAUUUAUUUGUUUUAUUUUUAAUUGAGUACUGCAUAUUUGUAGUCAACUUUGAUUACUAGAUGCUGCUGAUGUUUCAACUACAGAGAACUUGAAAGACAAGCAGACACUUAAAUAUCUGAUUAUAAAAUUAGCUUUGCUGAUUUACAACUCAAACAAGACGUCUUUAUGUGUCACGAA